AUGUCGAACCCACCACCUGUAUCCGCCGAGAACCCGUCAAUUGGGAACAAACACCCGCUUCCACUCGAGCAUGAACGCGACCCAAAGAACAGAAAGAUUGAAGUCACGGCCCACGAGAGCUGGAACGACACCAGCAACGAGAUCCGGCUUGUCAGUACCGACGGUAUCGCCUUCUUUGUACCAAAGUAUCUGCUCCAAGCUGGGAGUACUGUAUUCCGAGACAUGUUCAGCGUCACGCAGGGAGCGCCUGCACAGUCCCAUUCCUCAUCCACCACUAAAGUCACACAUCAUCACACUAUUGAGAUGACUGACGACUACUUUGAGGGAUCUGACACUAUCCUCUUGUUUCUCGACGCCGUCCGAGGGCUCCCACUCUCCUCCCAAGCUCAAAUUCGUUCCAAGCCUGAUGGUGAGAUCGUCCACGCCCUCGAGUGUUUACUCCAAUUCGCCAAAAAGUGGGACAGCGACCUGACCCUUGCGGCGUAUGAAAUGGUGUUACUGCACGAGGCGACAGAUUGUUACUGGAAGGACAGUCAAUUGACGCCCAUCGACAUAUUCGCCCUGGCUGCCCUUGGUGGCUUCUCGGACGUGGCUGCAAUGGUGGUGCGUCUCUAUCGCCCUAUCAAGGCAACAGAUGGGUCGUGCAGCUACGAAAGGAUCGACGGUCGAUGGGGCGUACUCGAUCCGGAGGAUAUGUUCUAUCCGAGCAACAUGUCGAAGGAGGCUUGGCAGACAAUCCCGGUUGAAUACAUGUAUGCGCUGGAAAUGUCUGAGAAGCUCUUUGAACCCAUCAGGUGCAAGAUUCUUGCCAGCAAAGGGUGCUCUGAUUUAUGCUGGAAGGAUCCUGGUUGUGCAUGUGGUCGACUCAGGGAUGAGGAGGGGGAGCUUCGAGCUUUCCUUUUUGAAGACGAGCUACUGGACGUAGAUUCGGAGAACCACUCCUUGCCGGCGCCGGCGAAGAAGCUUGCCGCCGGUAUAUACACAUACAGUUGCUGGUGGCCGGUGUUGCGUUGCGAGGUAGCUCAGGAACCAGGGCUGGGCAGUAUCCAACCCGCGUCGUGA